CAAGUACAUAAAAAGAGCUUUCAUGAUCUUGUCCUCACUCCAAACUUGUGGAUAUCAAUCACAUAUCACAAAAUGGCGAAAUAUACUUUUGCGUUGGUCGUAAUUUUUUGUAUUGGUGUUAUUAUUGAAGGAGCAAAUAUAACAAGUGAAAAAGAAAUUAAUAUAAAAGAUAAUUUCUCAUCGCUCAACUUUGACAUGAAACGCACUUUAAAAGUUGUUCAAAGAAAUGUAACAUUAAAGAAACAAAUUGCAUUAAUAAAAGGGCAAAUAAAGACACUGAAAAAAUAUCACAAAAAUCUACAAACACAAAAAAAGCACCUUCAAGCAUUUAAGAUUGCGCUUCAUUCCAAAAUCAACAAGACACAUGUACAAACUUACAAAUUAGUAAAAUUGCAAAAACAAAUUAAGAACAUUGAACUGAAAAUGAUUAAUUUGUCAUUACAAAUGAAAACAAUCGAUGUGAAAGUAGCAACAAUUCAAGCACAGCUAAAAAAACUAGAAAAACAACUGAAAGCUCUUUACAAAGAAAAUAGAAAACUCACAGGAAAGUCACAAAGAGGGAAAGACUGCGCAGAUCUGUACAAAAAAGGUGAAAAAAAGAACGGAGUUUAUCAAAUUAAUCCUGAUGGUCAGGGUUACUUUAAGGUUUUCUGUGAUAUGAAGUCAUCUGGUGGAGGUUGGACUGUGUUUCAACGACGUCAAGAUGGAAGUGUAAACUUCUAUCGAGGUUGGAAAGACUAUAAACAAGGUUUUGGCGAUCUUACUUCUGAAUUCUGGCUUGGAUUGGAUAAAAUAUACAGACUAACAUCUGCAAGGAGAAAUAAACUUCGUGUAGACCUGGGAGACUGGUCAGGAAACAAAGCAUAUGUUGAAUAUGAUUAUUUUGCUGUAAAGAAUGAAAAUAAAAAAUAUCAACUAAGUCUUGGUAAAUAUUCUGGAAAUGCUGGAGAUUCAUUAUCUUAUCAUAAUGGCAUGGCGUUUUCAACCAAAGAUUCAGAUAAUGAUAAAUAUAAAGGGAACUGCGCCAUUAACACCAAAGGUGCUUGGUGGUAUAAUAGAUGUAAUACUUCCAACCUAAAUGGACACUACUAUAGUAAAGGAUACAGCAGUUGGAGUGGUGUGGUUUGGUUUCGUUGGAAAAAUAACACUAAAUCCUUAAAGUUUACUGAGAUGAAACUAAAACCAUAAAGAAUUUUUAAAUAUUGUGUUUCCUUAACUUUGAUUAAUAUAUCUUAUGAAACUUCGCAUAAUAUUGACAUAUGAUAAUAACUCUUAAUAGAACCUUUACAAUCAUCAUUCUUUUAAAAAAGCGUGGAAACAAUUGUUGAAAAAUGCUGUGGUAAAAUAAUAAUUUUUUUCCCCAAA